AUAACUAGUCCCAAAUUAAAAAUAACCCAAGUCCUUGAGUGUGACCCUUAUUCUGCAAAAUAAGUUUGUAAAAUUUGGAGUAUUGAGUCUGGUCACGUUUUCACAUUAAUUUACUAUUGAUAACAAAGCUCCUCUUUUGUCGUUUUACGCAGAAUCCUGAUUGGUGGAACUACUGGGUGCUCUUUGCAUUGCUACUUAUAAAUAAUUCCAUGCAGGCCAGUGCUGAGCAUUGAUUUAUCCAUUUUCAGCAGACACUCCUGCUGGGCAUUGAUUUAUCCAUCAGUUGCGACCAGUGUUUCCACCAUACCCUCGUACUCGCAAGAUGAUGCCAUUCUUCCCAGGAAGACCACUCUCCAAUCACCAUCCUUUUGCGCUCCAACUUCUGUUAUCCACCUCGCUGUUGCUUUCUUUUUCUUAUUUUUCUGCUUCUGCAUUUGCUGCUGCUGCUACUUCUAGGAGGAGACAAGGACAAGAAGCGGAGGCACUUCUCAGAUGGAAGAACAGCCUCCAUGAUCCAACUCAUUCUCUGCUCGCAUCCUGGAAGCUUGACAAUUCCACCUUGCCAUCUAAUUCUUCUUCCAGCAGUCCCUGCAACUGGGUUGGAAUAGCUUGUGAUGAGUCAGGAAGUGUCACCCAUAUCAAUGUCAGCAGUGGCAAUUUAAGAGGUAUGCUCCAUAAUCUUGAUUUUUCCUGCUUCCCCAACCUACUCGAGCUUGAUCUCCACAACAACUCCCUCUAUGGAACCAUUCCAUCUUGUGUCAGUAACGUUUCAAAAUUGACAAGCCUUGACUUGAGAUACAAUGAUCUCUCUGGAAACAUACCAUCUGAGAUAGGCCUUCUCUCGAGUCUUGGCUUCUUUUAUCUGAACAAUAAUAACAUGAAUGGGUCUUUACCUAAGGAAAUAGGAAUGUUGAGGUCUCUUGAAUGGUUGACCGUUGGUGAGAAUUCUCUCUUAGGUUCCAUCCCUUUGUCGCUUGGAAAUUUGAGCAAGAUUUCAUAUCUAUGGCUUAAUGAAAACAGAUUUUCUGGAUCCAUCCCCCGGGAAGUAGGAAAGCUUAAAUCACUCAUUGACCUUUCUUUGCAGCGCAACAUUAUAACAGGUUCUAUACCUGCAUCCCUUGGGAAUUUAAGCAACUUGAAUAUCUUAAAUCUCUUUCAGAAUAGAAUUUUUGGAUCCAUUCCAUCCCAUCUAAGUCUUCUUUCAAAACUAACACAGAUUGCCUUGAGCUCCAACGAUAUAUCUGGAACCAUUCCACCCCCCAUCAGCAAUCUCUCAAAUCUCACAUAUCUUGACUUGAGUUCCAACAAUCUCUCUGGAACUAUUCCUCCACCCAUCAGCAAUCUUUCAAAUCUCAUACGCCUUGACUUUAGUUCCAAUGAUAUAUAUGGUAAUAUUCCAUCUGAGGUAGGCCUGCUCUCAAAUCUUCGCUACUUAAAUGUGCAGAAGAAUAAGAUAAAUGGCUCUAUCCCUCAGGAAAUUGGAAUGUUAAGGUCUCUUGAUGAGCUAAUUUGUGGUGAGAAUUUUCUUUCGGGCUCUAUCCCUUUGUCUAUAGCAAAUUGGAGAAAUCUUUCAUAUCUAUGGCUUAAUGAAAACAUGCUUUCUGGAUCCAUCCCUCAAGAGGUAGGAAUGCUUAAAUCACUAACUGACCUUUCUCUACAAAAAAACAUCCUAACAGGUCCGAUACCCGCUUCCAUUGGAAAUUUAAGCAACUUGAAUAUCAUAAAUCUAUUCGAGAAUGGACUUUCAGGACCUAUACCCCACGAAAUAGGAAAACUCAGAUCCCUUGGUCACCUGAAUCUUAACAGAAAUAAACUAAGUGGCCAGAUCCCUCAAGAGCUGAAUAAUCUUACAUCUUUAAACUUUUUGGGAUUGAGUUACAACAAUUUGUCUGGCUGCCUACCUCCAGAUAUAUGCCUCGGAGGAAUGCUUAGCAUUUUGACCGCAAAUGAAAACAGUAUCAGAGGUUCCAUUCCCAAGAGUUUGAAGAACUGCACUAGUUUGGUCAGGGUAAGGCUGGAAUGGAAUCAACUUGAAGGAAACAUAUCAGAAGAUUUUGGCGUAUAUCCGCAGUUAAAUUACAUUGACCUCAGUUACAAUAAAUUGUAUGGUGGGCUAUCACAAAAUUGGGGGCACUGCCAAAAUUUAACCUGCUUGAAAAUUUCUAGCAAUAGAAUUUCCGGUAGCGUACCACCUGGGAUUUCCGAAGCAACUCAAUUGCAGGUGCUUGACCUCUCCUCCAAUGAACUGGUAGGAGAGAUCCCGAAAGAACUGGGAAAGAUGCCAUUACUGGUUCUCAAGAUGAGUAAUAAUAUGCUUUCAAGCAAUAUUCCUAAAGAACUUGGAAUGCUAUCAGAUCUAGAGCAGCUUAACCUGGCAGCAAAUCGUCUGGGCGGAUCUAUUCCUGAACAACUAGAGAAGUGUUCCAGGCUGCUUUUCUUGAAUUUAAGUAGGAAUACACUGGGCAAUAGCAUUCCCUUCCAGAUUGGCAAUUUACGCACUCUCCAAAGUCUUGACCUAAGCUACAAUAUGCUUAGAGGAGAAUUGCCGUAUAAGCUUGGGUUCCUUCGCAGCUUAGAAAUUUUCAACAUCUCCCAUAAUGAACUUUCAGGCUCCAUCCCGUCAAGCUUUAGUGAGAUGGUUAGCUUGACAUCUAUUGACAUAUCCAACAAUCAAUUGGAGGGUCCUCUCCCCAAUAAUCCAGCAUUCAGCAAGGCAUCAGCAGAAAUGCUCGAGAACAAUCAAGAUUUGUGUGGCAACAACAAGGCUUUAGAGGCCUGCACCAUGACAUCUGGAAGGAAGCACAGCAAGAAUAUAGUGUUCUUAAUCAUGGCACCUGUUUUCGGCAUUGUAAUUCUACAAUUUGCCACGCUUGGAAUAUUUGUUCGUCGCAGAAAGAAGAAGAACAAAGAUAAGCCAAUAGAAGUACUCAACGAAAAUUUCACAACAAUACUGAACCAUGACGGAAAGAUGGUACAUGAAAGCAUCGUUGAGGCAACCGAGGAGUUCGACUCCAAGUAUUGCAUUGGCGUUGGAGGAAGUGCGAGUGUUUAUAAAGCUGAGCUGCCAACAGGUCAAGUUGUUGCGGUCAAGAAACUUCACCAACCUGAAGAAGGCGGGAUCAAUCUCAAAGCUUUCACAAGUGAGAUUACGGCUUUGGCUGAAGUGCGACACAGAAAUAUUGUGGGGUUCUUUGGGUAUUGUUUGCACCCAAGGCACUCAUUUUUGGUGUACGAGUUCUUGGAACGAGGGAGCUUGGCUAAAGUACUAAGAAAUGAGGCAUCAGCCGUAGAUUUAGAUUGGAUUAAGAGAAUAACUAUCAUAAAGGGUGUGGCAGAUGCUCUAUGUUACAUGCACCACGAAUGCUUUCCUCCUAUAAUCCAUCGAGACAUAUCAAGCAAUAAUGUUUUGUUGGAUGCGGACCACACGGCUCAUGUGUCUGACUUCGGUACGGCUAGAAUUUUGAAGCCAACCUCUUCCAAUUGGACUUCAUUUGGAGGCACACUUGGAUACGCAGCUCCAGAGCUUGCCUACAUGACGGAAGCAAAUGAGAAAUGUGAUGUUUAUAGCUUUGGAGUAGUAACAUUAGAAGUGAUCAUGGGAAGGCAUCCGGGAGAUCUCAUCUCGUCCUUGUCACUAUCAACUGCCCACCAAAUUCUAUUCAAGGAUGUAGUGGACCAACGCAUUCUUCCUCCUCAUUGUCAAGCAGCGGAGGAAUUGGUUAACAUUGCAAAGCUAGUGUUUGCUUGCCUUGAUGCCAGUCCACGCUCUCGGCCAACCAUGGAACAAGUUUCUCACGGGAUAGCAAUCCGAAAGCCCAACCAUGCAACAAGUCUCUCACAAGAUGUCGAUUCGAAAGCAACAUUUGCCAAGGCAUUUGACACUGUAGAAUUGGCAGACCUGUUUGAUUGUCUGCGUCCUUAAUUUCUAGUAAUCGUAAUCUAGCCAUUUGCUUUUGGAUGUA